UCCCUUCUCUCCCGUUCACUUGACCGAAAACAAAACCCAAGCUCAAAAGAAACGAACCUUAAGCAAAAUCCUCUCGCUUCAAAAACCAUAAAAUUUUUCCCCCGGUUCCGAAAUCUCCGCCAAAAAAACCCUAAUUCCAUGGAUUCUCUAACCCAUUAAUGGAGUCCCCAUCGCCGACAUCAACAUGGGUGCUUUAACCGAGAGCCGGAAGCGCUGCUUCGAUCUCUACCUCCCUCAAUCCCCCCAUCCAAUCACUCCCCCUUCGAAAAAACUCAAGCUUCAGCCUCAACUCCCCGCUCUCAACCAAAAACCCGUCUCUUUUCCUCCGCCGGCGCCGCUUUCCCGCCAAAUUCACGGGCCGCAGCGAACCCUCAGAGUCUUCAACCUCGGAUCGAGCAACAGAACAAGUCUCGUAAAGCGCAGUUUGUUUCGGAUGGGGAAUUUUGGCUCGAAGUUAUUCAAAUCGAAGAAGGAAGAGGGUUUUGGAUUGGAGAACUACAGGAAUGUAGUGGAGGAUUCAGGUUAUAAGAAGGUAGAGAGAGACUUUGGGUCGAAGUUAGGGUUAGGGUCUGUGCAAGAGAUUUCGCCACCGUCAUCGGAUUCAGAGGAAGUGAAGGUUUUGAACAGGAAGGUGGUGAAUGCGAGGAGGGUUGUGGAGGAGAGUGUUGAGGCGAGAGAGGAUAAAUAUCGGGAGAGAAGAAGGCCAAUUUACAAGAAAUUGUAUGAACAGGCGAGGAAACGAGAUCGCAGAUUGAGUGAUUUGGGAUUUGAGGCGAAAUUGACUGAGGAGAAGCUUUCGGCGAUCCAGGGCUGUAGGGUGCAAGAGAAAGCCAAAGAGGAUCCGCAUGGACUUUUUAGCCCUCUUACAGAUGAAGAAAUUGCGGAGGUCUCACAUGCUUUUUGCAGUGGCAAUAGGCGUGAGCUCCUAGUCACACACAAGGCGUCUAAUAUUGAGAUUACAAGAGAGGUCUUGCAAUGCCUAAUUGACGGUGCUUGGUUAAACGAUGAGGUUAUAAAUUUGUAUCUGGAAUUACUGAAGGAAAGGGAGAGAAGAGAACCAAAAAAGUUUCUGAACUGCCAUUUCUUCAACACAUUUUUCUAUAAAAGGCUGAUUAGCGGGAGAAACGGUUAUGAUUAUAAUGCGGUUAGAAGGUGGACUACGCAGAGGAAGUUGGGGUACAGCCUUAUUGAAUGUGACAAAAUCUUUGUUCCUAUACACAAAGAUGUACACUGGUGUUUAGCAGUUAUCAAUACCAAGGAUGAAACUUUCCAGUAUCUUGAUUCACUUGGGGGAAUGGACACUAAUGUGCUGAGAGUUCUGGCUAAAUACAUGAUGGAUGAAGUGAGGAACAAGAAUAACAAACAGAUUAAUACAACAUCCUGGAAGCAGGAAAUAGUUGAUGAUCUUCCACUCCAGGAGAAUAUGUCUGACUGUGGGAUGUUCAUGCUCAAGUACACUGACUUUUACAGUAGAGGUUUGGGCCUCUGGUUCUGUCAGUGAAAAUUCUAGGAGUUAAUUGUGGAAAGACCCCAUGUACUAUCGUCAAGGAGCACAUGCCUUAUUUCAGGAAGAGAACCGCAAAGGAGAUUCUAAACCUAAGAGCAGAAUGAAUCAGAAGAGAUGUUGAUUUUUCACGGGUAUAAACAGCUGGAGGCAAAUGUUUACCGGCACAUGCCUUUUGAUACUGUGCCUACUCAUGAACAUGUGGUCUUUCAAGCUCUUCAGGCCCACUGAUUGGCCUGCAACGAAUCUUGAAAGUGGCUAUGCCAGGUUAUGAUACAUGUAUAGUUUAUUUCGUUGACAAACGACUGUUGGUCGCACUUCAGUGAUACUCUGUUCGCUAGCUGUUCCAAAAAAAUGAGACGGAGAAGGGUAUUGACGGGUAUUUUAGCUUUGUAAUCUAGUUGUUGUCAGGAGAGGGAGUUGCAUGUUUUUCUUUAUCAUUUUUGUUUAGUCUUUUUUAUCCUCCCUCCAAAUAUGAUUCUCAUUUACUUGGGAUGAGCCCAGCAAAUUUUUUUUAUGGGGAGUGUUUUGUAUUUAUAAUGGAUGCAGAGGAGAGUAAUGUCUCAAGUGUCAAUGUUUUAGUUCACAGUUGUAAGUUUGUUUUCCGAGACUUGCAAGUAGAUUUGGUGAGCUCUUUUCGUCUGAGUUUGGGAAUUUUGUCGAACCAGCUUAUUAGGAAAAAGAAUGAGUAAGUGUACAUAUGCAUUUGCUUCUUUUUUUAUGAGGGAGAAAUGUAUUUAUACA